CGGGGCGGGUACAGACGUCUGGGUGACGCCAUCACGCCGCGGUCAGGACGUUCCAGCCUCAGAAGAGCCUGCCGGUGACCGAGCGCUAUCGCGGGUGUCCUGUAGCCACCGUGGCCCACCGGUGACGAACCCCGGGAGCAAGCGGUCCUGACAGUGAAAAAGCAGUCUGGCUCCCGAGGUCAACUCCCUAUACCCCAAGGUCCAGAUGGCGGCCAACGUGGGUGAUCAGCGCAGCACAGAUUGGUCUUCUCAGUAUGGCAUGGUGGCUGGAGCCAGCAGAGAGAAUGGCAUGGAGACCCCUAUGCACGAGAACCCAGAGUGGGAGAAGGCCCGCCAGGCCCUGGCCAGCAUUAGCAAAGCAGGGGCUGCCAGUAGCUCCAAAGCCAGUAGCAGUGGGCCGGUGUCCAGUGCACAAUAUGUCUCUCAGGCAGAAGCCUCAGCUUUGCAGCAGCAGCAGCAACAGUACUACCAGUGGUACCAGCAGUACAAUUAUGCCUAUCCUUACAGCUACUACUACCCCAUGAGCAUGUACCAGAGCUACGGCUCCCCCUCCCAGUAUGGGAUGGCCAGCUCCUACGGCUCAGCUACAGCCCAGCAGCCAUCGGCUCCCCAGCACCAAGGGACUCUGAACCAGCCUCCGGUCCCUGGCAUGGAUGAGAGUAUGGCCUACCAGGCCUCCCCUCAGCAGCUACCUGCAGCUCAGCCCCCUCAGCCCUCAAACCCUCAGCAUGGGACACAUGGUCUAAGCAAUGGCCCUCAGCCUGGAACAGCCCCAGCCACUCAGCACAGUCAGACAGGGGCACCUACAGGGCAGACCUAUGGGCCACACAGCUACAGUGAGCCUGCCAAGCCCAAGAAGGGUCAGCAGCUGUGGACCCGCAUGAAACCAGCCCCUGGAACUGGAGGUCUCAAGUUCAACAUCCAGAAGCGGCCCUUUGCUGUCACCAACCAGAACUUCAGCUCCAAUACAGAGGGGCAACACAGUAGCUUUGUUUCCCAGCCCAGCUCUGAGAAAGCCCAGAACCAUAGUGGGCCAUCUGGCCGGGGAAACCUGUCUGGGAAGCCGGACGAUUGGCCGCAGGAUAUGAAGGAAUAUGUUGAGCGGUGCUUCACUGCCUGUGAAUCAGAAGAGGACAAGGACCGGACAGAGAAGCUGCUCAAGGAGGUGCUACAGGCCCGGCUCCAGGAUGGCUCUGCCUAUACCAUUGACUGGAGCCGAGAGCCUCUGCCUGGGCUGACCAGGGAGCCUGUGACUGAGAGCCCCAAGAAGAAACGGUGGGAGGCCCCUAGCAGCCUUCACCCUCCCAGGGGGGCAGGCUCAGUGACCAGGGGCGGGGGUGCCCAAUCCCAGCGAGGGACACCUGGGUCUGGGGGUGCUGGCCGAGCCCGGGGUAGCAGCUUCGCCAAGUUCGGCAACCGCAACGUCUUCAUGAAGGACAACAGCUCUUCCUCCAGCACAGAUUCGCGGUCACGCUCUUCAUCCAGGUCCCCUACCCGUCACUUCCGGAGGAGUGACUCCCACUCAGACUCUGACAGCUCUUACUCAGGGAAUGAGUGUCACCCUGUAGGCCGCAGGAACCCACCCCCCAAGGGUCGGGGUGGUCGCGGGGCCCACAUGGAUCGGGGCCGAGGCAGGGCGCAGCGAGGAAAGAGGCAUGACCUAGCUCCCACCAAACGCAGCCGCAAGAAGAUGGCAGCAAUUGAGUGUGAGGACCCAGAGCGUGAGCUUAAGAAGCAAAAGAGGGCAGCCCGCUUUCAGCAUGGGCACUCACGCCGCCUGCGCCUUGAACCUUUGGUGCUGCAGAUGAGUAACCUGGAAAGCAGUGGAGCUGACCCUGACUGGCAGGAGCUACAGAUUGUGGGCACCUGUCCUGACAUCACAAAGCACUAUCUACGGCUCACCUGCGCCCCAGACCCAUCAACUGUGCGACCUGUGGCUGUUUUGAAGAAGUCUCUGUGCAUGGUCAAGUCCCACUGGAAGGAGAAACAGGACUAUGCCUUCGCCUGUGAGCAGAUGAAGUCCAUUAGGCAGGACCUCACGGUACAAGGCAUCCGCACUGAGUUCACUGUGGAGGUGUAUGAGACACAUGCCCGCAUUGCCUUGGAGAAGGGUGACCAUGAAGAAUUCAACCAGUGCCAGACUCAACUCAAGUCUCUGUACGCGGAAAACUUGGCAGGCAAUGUGGGUGAAUUUACUGCAUACCGAAUCCUCUACUACAUCUUCACCAAGAACUCUGGGGACAUCACUACGGAGCUGGCAUACCUCACAAGGGAGCUGAAAGCAGACCCCUGUGUGUCCCACGCAUUGGCACUGAGGGCAGCGUGGGCCCUAGGCAACUACCACCGCUUCUUCCGGCUCUAUUGCCAUGCACCUUGUAUGUCUGGCUACCUUGUGGACAAGUUUGCAGACCGGGAGCGCAAGGCUGCCCUCAAGGCCAUGAUCAAAACGUAUGUGGCACUGCACUCUGCUGCCUUUUGUGCUGUGGCUCUGCCACUCUCCUGCUCACGUGACCGCUGGCCCUCACUGCUUUCCCCUCAGCCACCCUGUUCCAGGUUUUCUCCCACUGUUCUUCCCUCGCUCCUCCUGGUGUCACGUCCUCUCCUCCCUGCACUCCUCUCUCACAUCAGCUUGAAACCCCUUUUCCAGGCCUUUGCCUGCAGCUACUUGCUGUUCUUCUUCCUGACAUAGUUAUUAGAAAGGGUGGCCUGGCUCAUAUUGUUAGCAGUCUCUUGAAAUGUCUUUCUGGGACAGUGUGAUUGGGGCCUAUGGCACAGGGGGUGGUGUGGCAAGGCCCUCUGGUCAUCAUACUUCAUGAGGCUUGCCCAUGUGGGGAAGAGAUGGUCCCCAUGCUGCUGCCAUCUAGUGGGUGGAGACCAGGAAUGCUGUGCAACAAAAGGCCCCAUAGCAGUGUGCCAGUCUUGCUAAGGUUGAGAAACCCUGGUAAAUAUAUCUGUCAAGAGUCUCAAGGGGUCUUGAAUGCCGGGCUAAGCAACAUUUUCUCAUUUGGUCCUGUUAUGGUGGGACCUGCCGAAGAAAUUGUUCUAGGAUUUUGUUUUAGUCAGUCUACUCAAGGGAGUGAGAUGAGUGGGCACCGAGCUGUCAGCUUUUUAUGGUCCAAUGAGCAGCCCUCAAGCCUCAGUGGUGCAAGUGAUUCUUACCCUGUUCUUAGUCAACCUUAGCUACAUAGCACAAAUGGUCCUUGUGAGUACUCAGGGCCCUGGCUUGUGUUGACCUCAUUCUCACAGCACCUUUCCUAUGAACUUGGCAGACAAGUCCCUGUCAUGGCCUAGAAGGUCACCUGAAAGACAGGAAGGCUGCCCUGUCCCAGAGCCAUAGAGUACCUGGGUUCCAGAUACUUGAAACCAAGUAGCUAAAGGGCUGCGAUGGCCUGCAGGAAAGGGUCCCCAAAACUAGUAGAACAUGUACAAAAUUAGGGCAUCUUGGUACCAACCAGAAAGCACUGCUGAGUGUGACACUCUGUGCAAACAUCCUCGAGGGUGGAGUAUCACUGUCCCUACCCUCCAAGCCUUUGUACCACUUACUCUGUCUGGCUCCAGCCCCUCAGCCAGCAGAGGAGCCAUCUGGGCCCUUUCCCUCCUGCCCCCUCCUUCCUGGACAGGUAAGUGUGGGCAAGGGGGGGCAACUGGGCACUGGGGCUACCAACCCCAUCCCUGGCCCCCCCAAGCCGCUAACAUGGGGAGGUUGGGAGGGGCUGCAGAAGCCAGCAGGUUCCUUGCUGAGGAAAAUUCUGGGAGCCCAGAUGGGGAGCAUUGCUCCCUGCUCUUGGGCCCUCCCUUGUCUGCUUGCCUCAUCAUUUUCUCCUCUUGUCUCCAUAGCUUCCGCCCUGCGCUGCCAGUCUCCUACCUGCAGGCCGAGCUGGCCUUCGAGGGCGAGGCCGCCUGCCGGGCCUUCCUAGAGCCCUUGGGCCUGUCCUACACGGGCCCGGACAACUCCAGCGUGGACUGCCGCCUCAGCCUGG